AUGGCCUCCGAACCGUCCGAGGACGCCAUCGCGAACUUCGUCAGCUUCACCAGCACCACGCGCAAGCAAGCUAUUAGCUUCCUCAAGGCCAACAAUUUAGACUCGCAAAAGGCAAUAAAUGCCUAUUUUGAGGACCCGUCGGGACCCCAGACCGAGACGACCGGCUUCUACAAUGAGAGCAAUGUAUCUUCCUUCGGAUAUGGCCAACAAGACGCGGCACCCCGAAUGCCCGCAACGGCCCCUCCCUCUCGCCCUCCAUCCCGAGUGAACAUGCAUGAACAGGGCCAAGCUGCUGGAUUCGAUGAUACUUCUGCAACGGCUCCACAGGGUUCUGCAGGCCCAGCGCCUUCCGGACAGGGAAUGAGUCUGGCUGAGCGCGAAGAACAAGAACUGCAACAGGCUGUCGCGAUGUCCUUGAACCAAGGGAUGGGACAGCAGGAGUCUGGGGUGACAACAGCUGGCAAUCAAGAACCUCACUUCGGAAAAGCGACGCGCGAUCACUACGAUGAAGGAGCUUGGGCUAUGACUCUGUUCAAUGCCACGUCCCAGGAAGUGGUCAUUAGCCCCGACCCUGAAGACCGCAGGAGAGUUGAUGGCGAGCCUGCAUUCAUCCGCCCUACAAACGAUAACCUGUACCUCGGUGGAUUCCUCACCAUCCUCCACGAGAUUCCUCUGGCGCGUGAAGCUCUCUUGUUGCGGAAUAGAAUGCUAUAUGACUAUGGACAGGAGCCGCAAUGGUGGAAUGGGCAGCCAAUCAGUCUCCCCAAGAUUGUGACAGUCCAUGACCAACAGAAUGGGGAUAACGACUGGGACGAUGUCCUUUAUGAGACACAACGACUCAUGGCGUUCUUGGACUCUACACAACGUGCCUUUGGCAGCAGCGACGCGCUUGCAAAGUUGAAGGAUAUUACUUCAUUUUCCUCCGACUCGGAAGAAGUCGUCACGAGGUUUUUAGAGACGUGGCAGGCUGCGGCUGUCCGGGCAGACCCAGACAACCCCCUAACAACAGCUUUCAUGUCCCACGCCUACAAGCGAUCGCCUUUUGACGAAGGCGACGAUCCCAUUUCUAAAGAACUCUUCAUCUUCGAGCCUGUCGUUGAACAGGAACACGGACAAACUCUUUAUGAUCUCUUAGACACAGCGAUUUGGAGUGAUAGGCCUGGCGAAGAACUGGAUGAUGUCUGGCUCGAGCAUGUCGGAGAGGUGGUCAUCAUGAAGCUUGAUUCCUAUAACAACGGAAAAUCCGUGAAUGUCAAGGCCCCCUCCGUCUUCUACCCGGAUCGCUACCUGAGCAGCUGCCGAGAGCUCGCGCGCGAGCUGCGGACCAAGAGGCUCCGAGUCCAGGAAGAGAUUCAAGAACUGGACACGCUCAUGAACCCCGCUGCCGCAACAACAGUGGCCCUGUCGAAGAAACCGGUCGAGGGAGCUGACUCACCGAACUCUGAAAUGGCAACCAAUAAGGCCGAUGGAAUUGCGAAGGAGCUGAUGGCGGUUUCCGCCCGGAUCGAAGCCAAACUAAAAGAGCUGGACACCCGAAAGCAAAGCGCCAUGGAAACAUUGCGCAGCUACAGCAAGACGCUCACCGAGCCUCCUGCGGCUCCCGGUGAGCCUCCUCUGCAUAGGUACACCUUGCGAGGCGUUUGCACCGAGCCGCACAUCACUUAUGUUCUGAAACGGGGCGAAUAUGACGACAACUCCGACGAUCUAAUGGACAUCGAUGGCGAGCGGGGUAACGGUGAUCAAUGGUGGAGAAUCAGCUAUUCCACAGAAGAUGGAAAGACCCGCCAGGCUGCAAAGAGAGAAGCAGACGGCGACUCUGCAGCUACUCAAAACGGCGAUGUCAUUGGCUACACAGCCCGCAAGGUGCGCGAGAUCGAAGUUCUUCGAGCUGCGCGCGAAGAGUGGAGAUCGGUGUUACUUGUUUACGCCAGCGACGCCGCCGUAAAUGCGAAAGUGGACCCUGCCCCUACUCAACUUCAGGACCAGGGUUUUGUGAACAAGGACAACGAGGCCUUCGCGGCCGAGUGCGAACAAAGCGCAGCACACGCAGGAGAAGGGAACGGCCAAGUUUCAGUCCAGCAAAAUAAUGCCAACAAGCAGCAGCCGGCGCUACCGCGACCCGCCCAGCAGGUAAACGUCUUUGACUACCAGGUCUCGGAUUUUGAUAAUGACAGUGCCUGCGAACAGGAAAUGCAAGAGCGGAAAGGGACAACUCUUCUAGGCACGAGCAAUGCGGCCAAUGGCGCAGCGAUCUCUAAUGCCCUGGAUGAUGAUACGGAGUGGAAUACCAUGGAAGACACGGAGAUGGCAGACCACGUAGAGCAUUCGCGUGCAUCUUGA